AUGUUCAAGCAAGAAUCGUAUAAAUCAGAUUCAGAUUCAACUUCACUAAACAAGAUGUCAUUCAAGAACUUGAUCUGUCAUCAAGACACAUCUAGCAGAGCUAUGUUUGAUGAAACCAAACCAAAGAUUACUUCACUACCUUCAUUUAGUGAGUUGUUGACUUCAAUUCCGUUACCUUUUGACAUUAAAUCUUCAAGGAGUAAUAGCAGCAGCAGUAGCAGCAGUAGCAGUUGUGGUAACGGAAGCUAUUCCUUCUCAUCCGCAUACACUUUGAAUCAACAACAACAACGUAAUAAUAGAUUACUGUCGAUUGCUUCACCACCUUAUAAUUAUUACACUCAACAUUCAAUACUCAAUAGAAUGUCCACCCCGCCUUCCCAGCAGCUGCCACAACAAUUCUCUCCGAAGGCCCCAGUGGUAUUCUCACAAGUGAAUAGUAGUGAAGACAGUUUUGCUACACCUGUGCCUCUCACGGUGAACCACGAUCCUGCCACUACGCACGCUCAAACCAAUUUCAAUCCUAUAACACCAGUAAUGAACACAUUCGAUACAAAGAUACGAUCAAAUUCAUCUGCAGCUAUACUACAAUCGACUUGUUCGUCAACAAUGACAUCGCCUCAUUUGACUCAACACCGACAACAAUCUGUUGCAUUACCAACAUCACCUCGUAGUCAUUUUGUCACUGGUUCGUCGGAUGCUAUGAGUAAGUCGCCUAGAGACCCAAGAAGGAAACAUAUAUGCAAAGUGUGCUCUCGAUCAUUUACUACGAGUGGACACUUGGCAAGACAUAAUAAAAUUCACACUGGAGAACGAAAACACGAAUGCCCCUGGCCUUCAUGCGAUGCUAGGUUUGCAAGGCAGGAUAAUUGUAUGCAGCACUAUAAAACACAUACUAAUGGUAAGAAUAAAAGGGCUAGAAGUACAAGUGGAGCAAGCGUUGUCAAUACCAAUACUAGGAACAAUAAUAACAAUAAUAGCAAUAAUACAAAUGGGGUUGGAUCUGCAGGUUAUUCACCGGCAAUACUACCACCUCAUCUCCGUAAUCUUCAUCAAGGUAAUAUGGAUGGUCCUGCUGUUGCUAUUGGCAUGCCUGUAAUGUCGCUGUUGCCACAUCAUCAAGCCGCCCCACCACCGAAUUUGAACUAUAUACGUAAAUCAUAUGUUUAG